GGGGCCCAGCUGCCCCGUGAUGCUUGUGACACAUAUUGGAAUACCUCGCGAGCUUUCCCCCAAGCCGCUGCACGCUCUGCUUGUGCUUGCCACAUAUGCCACAUGAUGGCUUCGUGACACUUGUUAUUAAUCGGCUGUGACGGCUGUUAGUGAUCGCCUGUAGUGUUGAUGGCCGCUGAGGCGGUGGGGGCGGCGGCAAACCGCCAAUGUUUACAUGGAGCGAAGGCUUUAGCGUGUUAAAACGCCUUGUGUAAUGUGUACAUUUUGGCGGAAAAGUGAUUGGCACGGAGGCAGGCUGGCGAUAGAGAGCUUAUUUAGGAACCGGCGGCCUUGCAUCAUGCUGAAACGUGGAAAUAAGAUCAACACCGCUAUUUGUGAACGUGGCGCGGCGCGGGGACACCUGGGCUGACCUGCGGGUGAAGGGCGGCGUUCUCCCGGCGGAGAGACCGAGGACGCUGAUCGAGGACGCUGAUCGAGGGGAGGAAGUGGCGCCCGCGGGACGAGGGCGUGAGAUUGUCCUCACGCAAUGGUCGAGCCGAGCAUCCCGAGCCACAUGGAGAUGGCACCUCAUGCAUACACUUCCCCGGUACUAGUGGCCCCCCGGGAGCCCCCCAGGUUCCCGGUAUAGGGGGUUUGGCACAAGAAGAGAGAAAAGGAAAACCCUUUCUUCAGCUUCAAGACGCGAAGGAAGAGCGUGGAACUUGUUGCAGAGGAGAACAACCGUGGAUGCUGCCUAUGCAUCGUGUCGUGAAUUCUAAGUGCAUUACUGCAAAUCAUGUGAUACUGUUGUGGCCUCCCGUGACCAGGUCUCAAAGCUUAUCAUGACGCUAUGUACUCUGUCAGUAGUCCAUGGAUAGAUAGACUCACAGUGUAAGCUUUUUUAACUUUGCCUUAAUACAGACAGAGAAGAGGGUCACUUGAAAAUUAGUCACAGGAAAGAAAAGAAAAGAAAGGCAGGGGACGAAACCAGACAAUUCUCCGAUUUUUGUUCCCUUGGCACUUGCUCAGAGUGCCAUACAGCCAGGAAGUGAAAUUUAAGCGUGGGUCAGGAGAGGUGUUUUAAACUGGCUCUGUUCGUGCUGCUCCCGUCAUUCCGCCACCGUGGCAGGGGUGGGCGGGGGCACGGCGUUGGCAGGGGGGGCGGCAGGCCCUGAUAAUAUGGCCGACUUACAGGACAGACAAGUUGUUUUUGAUCGCCUCAAGCGUCGUCUUUCAAACUACCGGCAGAAUCACAACUCUGUCACUCAGCGAUACGAUACUUCCAUUGACUUGGUGUACACGAGUGAGCAAAAGCAGACAUCGAUUCUGAAGCAAAGGCAUAUCGAGUCCAAAGCGAAGAAGUCCAACAAGAAGACAGCCGAUAACAAGAAGCAGGACAACUCCGCCUUGCUAGCCACGAUGGGGCAAUCGAAGAUGCUCGCCCGCGGGCACGACCAGACCACCUCGUCUGGCGAGAGCCACGAGAACGAGCCAGCGGCCAAGAAGCAGCGGCUCAACAACGGGGCGCCCCCGCACGGAGGCCCUCACGGCGCCACGCACGCCGCCACCUCCCAUGGCGGGCCGCCCCAUGUGGGAGGGCCCCAGGCGAGCGGGGCCGCUGGAGACAUCAACAAUUUCCAGAUGGUGCAGCAGCUCCCCAACAUGAAGAAGACCAACUCGCCAGUCCCCGCGGGCGCAGGUCCGGCGGGCGCCACUACCUCGGCCUCGAAUGGCCCCUCUGUAGAGGAUGUCAAGAAGGAGCAGCAGGACUUGGACAUUGCUCUCUUAGAUGACAUUGAAGACUUUAGUAACAUUGGUGAUAUUGAAGACAUGGGGAUUAAUUUUGACCAGUUUAUGAGUGACCUAGAUUUUGAUAAUAUCAAACAGGAAAAUAGUAACUCUGGUUUGUGUGACCUUGUGAAAGAGGAAUCCGCGGAGAAUUUGUUUGAUAACGAGCCCUCUAGUGUAAGUAGUGAUAGUGGUGUUGCGAAUGGUAAUGCGAGUGCCCAGAGUCCCCAGGUAACUAUGAACAAGACCGGGGGGGCGUCCACGACCGCGGCCUCCCCCGUGUUCCCGCAGUACCCAGGAACUCCCCCAGUGUCUCACACCUCGACCCCACCUACCUCCUUCACCCCAACCUCGUUCAACCCCACCUCCACCACCAGCACCUCCGGCUCCCCGACGCCAUUCUCUGCCACCAGCAGCGUGCCAAAAAUGCGUGUGACCAUGAACAUGGGUCAGUCCGACAUGAUUCCGGCGGCGCAGACUCUGAAGCAGAUGGCCGAGCAGCACCAGAUCAAAAUGGUGUCGUCCGGACCGAACAACGUGCGGCCGAGCUUCCCGGAAUACCAGUUGAAUAACAUGAACAAUCCUGCAGCUGGAGGCAUGAUGAUUCAACAGGGUGGUAUUAAUAAUCAAAUGUAUAAUAGUAACAUGAAUCAAACCAAUGCCAUGUACAACAAUCAAAAUAGUGGGAUGAGUGAGAUGGAAAUGAAGAAGCACCAGAUGAUGCAGCAGCAGAUGGUGCACCAUCAGCAGCAGCAGCACCAUCAACAGCAUCAGCAGCAGCAACAACAACAGCAGCAGCAACAACAACAGCAACAACAACAACAACAACAACAACAACAACAACAACAACAACAACAACAACAACAACAGCAGCAGCAGCAACAGCAGCAACAACAACAGCAGCAGCAACAGCAACAACAACAACAACAACAACAACAACAACAACAACAACAGGCGCAGCAGCAGCAGGCGCAGCAGGCGCAGCAAGCGCAGCAGGCGCAGCAGCAGCAGGCGCAGCAGCAGCAGGCGCAGACCCAACCCAACCCGCAGCAGCAGGCCACCACGCAGCAGCAAGCGCAGAUGCCCGCGGGCAUCGUGGGCGGCUACCAGAACCGCAUGUCGCCCAUGGGGGACAUGCGGUACCCCACCACCUCCCAGCCGGGCACGCUCAAUCCUCAACAGUACCAGAUGCCGGGGGCGAUAGGGGGCGUGAGAGGGCCCUUCCCAGGGGGCCCUCGGGGGCCGUCGCCCAUCCCGCCUGGCUCGCAACCAGGGGGCCCCUCGCCCAUGUCUGCAGGUGGACAGCUUGGAGGCCAGAUGGGAGCGGAAGGCAAGAUGAACAACGAAAUGUUCUACCAGAGCCAGAUGCCAGGGCAGUACGGGCAGCCGCCGCGAUACCCGACGCAGCAGCUCAUUGGGCCUGGGGGCAUGAUCCGGCACGUCAACCCGGCAGGCGGUCAGAUGAUGGGCCAGAUGUCCCGGCCUCCCCCGCCUGAGUACAGACAGGUGGCACUGAUGCCCCAGCAGUCCAUGAUGGGUCAACCCAUUGGGCAGCCCAUGAGCCAGAUGGGCCAGGGCAUGGGUCAGAUGACGUACCCAGCCAUGCGAGCAGGCAUGAGACCAGGUAUGGUGACCGGCCCAAUGGUCAACAUGGGCUCAGGGCAGAUGAUCGGUAGCAUGACGCAGCAGACGUUGCCGCCAAAUAUGCCCACCAUGAAACCAGGUAUGGUUCCUCCCACCACUACUAUGAACCCCUCUGUCAGCAUGGCCAACAGCACCAUGACCGGUGCUUCAAUGGCGACCAUGACAGUAGGCACCAUGUCUGCAAGCAAUAUGAACAGCAACAUGGCCCAGGGAGGCGCUGCAGGGACUAUGGGCAUGGUAACUCGCUCACCUAUCACCAGCCAAGGAAUGCUGCAGCGGCCGAGGCCUCCCAACGUCAACAUCGGCCCUGGCCCUGGAGGACUCAACAUCGGCACACAGAUGCCUCCGUCACGGCCAGAGUGGCGGCAGAUCAUGAUGCAGGGAAGCCAAGGCAACAUGCAAAUUGUGGGGCCCAUGAGACCAGGCUACCCGCAGCAGCAGCCUCAGCAAGGAGGAAUGAUGAGCCAAGGAGGGCAGAUGAUGGGGAUGCAGCGGCCAACCAAUCAGAUGAUGAACAUGAUGGCCAUGCAGCAGGGCCAGUCCAUGCAAGGAGGGCCUGGUAUGCAGGGAGGUCCUGGCAUGCAACCUGGACCGGGAAUGCAACCUGGGCCUGGGAUGCAGACUGGACCAGGAAUGCAACAGGGGCCUGGAAUGCAACCCGGAAUGCAAGGAGGACCGGGAAUGCAGGCUGGGCCAGGGAUGCAAGGUGCCCCUGGAAUGCAGGCCGGGCCAGGGAUGCAACCGGGCAUGCAAGGAGGCCCAGGUAUGCAAGGUGGCCCGGGCAUGCAGGGUGGCCCAGGCAUGCAAGGAGGUCCGAGAAUGCAAGCAAACAUGGUUGCAAUGAGUCAGCAGACCCAGGCAGAAUCAGCUAAGGUACGGCAGCCAUCUCUUUCAAGUGUCAAAAAGGGUCGGAUGGGGAUGCAGAUGAGUCAGGCCGGAGGGAUGGGUGGCGCCCAAGUCACCUCUCAGUACCCAGGCCAGCAGGGGCAGAUGACCACCAUGGGUCAGAUGCCCGCCGGCCCCAACCAGAUGAUGGGCAACCCAGCGGCCCAGGGCAGGAACCCAGCAGCUAUGUCGGGCAUGGCUGGCUCUCGAAGUCCAGCCGCCAUGGCUCAGAUGAGUGGAACCGGCCACCCGAUGAGUCCUGCCAACCGAGGGCAGAUGGGAGGAGCUAGUCCUGUGAACAUGGGCCAGAUGAGUGGUCCAGGCCAGGCCCCCAGUCCAGCCAACAUGGGUGGCAUGGCCCAUCCACGAUCUCCUGCCACAAUGGGCCAGAUGCACCCUCGUAGUCCGGCUACCAUGGGUCAGGGUGGACCCUCGAGACCACUCAGCAACCCUGGGAUGGGUGGGCCCACGCGACCCCUUAGCAAUCCAGGCAUGGGUCAGCAACAAGGGCCGACGUCCCAAGCAGCUGCGGCUGCCAUGGGUGCAGCAGCCAUGGGAGUGCAACCGCCUGGAAGCACAGCUGGUGCCAUGAACCGUGGAUCCCCUGGAGGAAUGAACCAAAACCCCAGUGGUCCCCCCGGCUCCAGACCAGGCCAGAGCCCCAUGAGCCAGGGACAGGCGAUUCAGGCUCCAGGGAACGGACCGCAGGCUAAUAUGAACAGAGUCAAAAGUGGCCCUGCAGCAGUGAACAGUGGACCUAAUGCACCUCAAACUUCAGUGGCCAGUCAAAGGUCAAACAGUGAUGGUAAUAACAGUGUACGGACAUCACAACCCUCAACCCCCAACCCGCCCACCUCUAGCAGUAAUGCAUCAGCCGCAGACUUUGAAUUUGACUUUGGUGAUUUUGCAUCAUUGAUAACUGACUAAGGUGGCUCUGGGGUCGGGCCUGGUGACGCGUGUCACUGCUGUAUAUAUGAAGCAUUCCUGUAGAAGUGUUAUAUAGUGUACAGUCUUAAUUAUUCUUAUUCUUAUUUCAUUAUUAUUGAUAAGAUAUUAUUAUUAUUAUUAUAAUUAUUAUCAUUCAUUAUUAUUGUUCAUUAUUAUCAUUAUUAUUAUUAUUACUAGAUAACCAUUUUUUAUGAUAAUUAUUAUGAUUACUAUUAUUGAAUGGUCCAAGAAUCGAGAGAAAACAAGUGUAAUGUAGUGUAAUGAAAGGACUUGCCAUAUCACUUAGUGUUACUGCCAAGUAUUAAACCCAAGACCACAAGUGCGGCCCAGUGUUGACAGCGGUGGAAGUGCUACAUUCCAUGAUCCCUACAGCAGGGCAGAGCUAAAGUCUACACCCUCAGUAUGCGGCAUCCUAUGAGUCCUAAUCCAGCCUCCAUGCUAACCCAACCUGGGCAAAACAGCUGAGGAGCAAAAGUAUUCAGCCUUCUUCCAGUUUCAUUGAAUUUGUGUCAAGAAUUGAGUGGGCUUGGAUCAGGAGCCAAGAUGCCUAGGUUGGUGUUCUUGUUAAUGAUGGCAAUCCUACUUGUAAAGGACCUUCAUCUUCCUCGGAAAAGAUGGAUGGAAAGUGGGUUCAAAAGAGUAGCCGCCAGAGGCUUGACAAAUCUGGGUCAAUCAUAUUCCUCUCCAUGACAUGGGCCUUGGAGUUCAUUGAAAUCCAACUAGAUGCAGUGUUUUGUUCAGAUUUGAUAUUCAUGGUUAGUAAGUCCUCUGUGAGCAUCUAUGUUGAUUUUUAUCAGACAAAGUAUCAGUGCAAAUGUUGAAAGAAGUGUGCAUAUGUUAAAAAAAGUAUAUAGGCUUGAACUGCAAGGUCCUAUUUGUGCCAAGUAUGUGUACAAAACUAAUGAUUUGUGACAUAAACAAGUUGUAUUGUUUAACAAAGACACUGUCCUCUGUUGUCAACUGAGAGUGUUGGUUCACUAUGCCCCAGCAAGAUGAAUAGCUAUGUACUCAAUGUAGGUGAUUUUGUAGACUUUUCCUACUAUUGUAAAUUAGGAUCACAAAGAACACCCUUUUUUCUAUCAAGUAGACUUUCCACAACCAUCACUUCCAUUUCCUCUCAGUAUGUCUCCUCCCUUCCUCCACUACCACAACCUCCCCUUACUGCCGCCACAUGUCCCACCAUGCAGUUCAGGCCUUUGGGAGAGAUCCGCCACUGUCAGUAGUGAGUAAAUUCAUUCGUCCAGAGGAAAUCAGUUACGUGCGCGUCGAUGGGUUGACUUUGAAUAUUUACAUUGAAAUAACGAUAUUUUGGAAUAUCACGUAGACCUCCCAAAUCCUGAUUUCACUGCUAACAAUUGAAGUGCAAUGGUAAGAUACCGAAGCUAAGCAUGCCUUGUUUUCCACUUGCACACAUCUAUCUCCCGAGCACCAACGGCAAUGGAUGUGGUAGCUGCGGCUCUUGUGGGUUGUGCUUGGACAGUGAUUAGACACCAGUAUUAUCUUUACUAAACUCCAGCACACACUGCACUUGUUGAUGCUUCUCCCAUACCAAUUUGCCCAAAACCAUUAGUCUAUGCAGUAUUAGUACCAUUGUUUAUUUUGUCAUAGUUAAAAAAGGAUUUUUACCCUGAAGAUUUUUUACAAUUGAGUAUCAUCCCAAAGUAUUUACAAGAUAUGGAGAUUUAGGCAUGAAAAAGCUUCAAUUUAACACUGGAAAGAAACACAAAACUAAACUAUUUUUAUAUGUGACUUGUGCAGCAUAGGACAAGAAAGACAUUGUGCUGAGUCUGCAUUAUUGCAACAUAUUCCUGUCAUAGAGCUUCUCUCUGUUGGGCUUUGUUGUGCAACUUGGUUAUUAUGUACAGCAUUAUCUUCACCCAGUGAUUCUCAGGUAUUUUUGCAGUGAUACAACCCUCCAACUUAUACAUUAUCCCCAUAAAUAAUUAUAUAUUUAUUUCCUUCUGUAAACAUUUCAUACGCUCAUUAUUCUUUGAUCAGCUGCAACGUCUCUUCAGUAGUUGUCAUUAUAUUCUGGAGCCUAUUCAGGGAUAUGACAUUCUUCAGGUGCAUUUCCUUCCAUAUACUUUUUCCUCUUGGAGUCGCACAACAAAACCAACAGAGGGGAAAGAGAAGCACGGGCCCUCUGCUGCAGUCCUGCAACGAGAAUCACACCCUGCAGAUGUAUACCAUAUUGACCACAAGGACAGGAAAAAGAAUGUAUACUCUGAAAAUGGAAUUCUCUAUAUAUAUAACAUUAUAUUCUUGUCAGAGUAUUUGAUGCUGGUCGUUCAUGGGCGUGCUUCUCACAGUUGUCUGGGUGGCAGUACGGCAACGUGAACACAGGUCCUUCCUUGAGUGCGUGCUACACGUUCGCCAGUGUACAAACUUGUAGGUAAUAGUCCAUCAUAUAAAGGAAUGAAGGGGAGAUACUGACUUGUCCAUUGGCAUCAUUUUCUUAUUUGAAAUCAUGACAUUUACGAACAACAAAAGAGGAAAAGAAGAAAAAAAAAAAAAGUUUUAGGAAAUGUUAUAGGCAAGACCAUUCUUCCAUAUCAUUUGUAGGAUCUCCAGAAAGUAUCGUCUGUGUUAAGAGGAAAAUAUGACUUCAUGUAAGGGAAUGAUUUCUGGCCAGAUCAGUAGUUGCCCAUAAACGUGCCUAUGAAGUCAGUGAAAACAUUGGUUGUGUAGCAAGUAUCUUUUCCAGAAUACAUAUUUUCUGAAUGUUUGUUAAAGUUCAAAGUGUACAAAUUAAGCCCUAUUUUAAGUGGCAGUGUGUUUUCACUGAUUUUAGGUACAUCAGGUUUUAUAAUGCAAAUUAGAAGUUUGUACAUAAGUGACACAAUCAUAAAUUAUGAGACUUUGGUAGUUUGUGUCACCAACAUUUGUUUUCCAAAUUUCGUAGUGGAAGUGAGCCUUAAAAACCAACUACCCAAGGCUCAUAAUCGGUGAUACUAUCACAUCUUUUACUGAAGAUGGGCAUCAAAGCAUUUGAAAAUACUUCUUCUUUCUUGACACUUUUUUACAAAUUAUUUUCAUUUACUGACAUAGAAUAAAAGAUAGAAAAAUUCAUUAUUUUAAAAUUUUUACAAAACUAUUUUAGCAUGGUAGUAUUGAUUUGGACUUUCGUAACCCUUGUUCUCUCCAAGAUAAAGCUCAUGAAGACAAAAUGAAUUAGAAUGACGGUUUAAAAAGCUCAUUUAAAUGGAAUUAAAAUGACACUUUCUACCUAAGGUGCAGCAUGGCUUUUGCUAUUGCAUAUUUAAUUUUAAUAUCAUAUACAGGUUUCUUUAAAUCUUCUUUGUAUUUUCUUACUGUACUUAUUUUAUCAUAGUUUUUAUAAAUAUACAUCAAAGGUGUGUUAUUUUGUAUAAGCAUGUGUCUGCAACAUAGUAAUAAUAGUCAUCAUUCAGAAUAGUGAGAUUCCAGAAGAGUCUGGGUUUAUGUUUGUGAAAUUUAAUUUUCCUCUACUUCCACUCUGUACCUGUCAUCUCAUUUCCACCAGUCAUGCUUUGAUUGCCCGGAGGAGGUUAAUAUCUGGAGUUCAGAUGGAAAUUUUGUCACCUGGGGUUGCCUAUGGUCAGAUUUCUCACUCCCUGUGAUUCCCUGUGAUCAAAGGUAAAACUGGAGAGCACAUUAGAUUUGUCUGAACUGCAGGUGUACUCGAAUCAGAUUCUUCUCGUGACCCCCAGACAGUGCCGCACCGCCACCACGACAGUGUCUUGCAUCACCUCGCAUCGUUUCAUCGACUGCACCCCAGCCACCUUUGAAAUCUUGAAGCAGAAAGGCUGUGCUUAUUGUCAGGACUUGAGAACAGUAUUCCUUUUUAAUGUAUUUAUAUAUAUCUAUAUAGAACUCUUUCACCCUUCUGGCUGUACUUGGUGCAUUUUAAUAUUAUUCCUUGUAAAUAUUUUACAGACAAGAGGCUGUUUUUAUGCAAGCUACUGAUUGUUCUGACUAUCUCUACCAUCACCUGUGAUACCUGUGGUAUUGAAGGUAAUGAAAACCCAAGUCUGCCACACUGGGAAUGAUACCAUUUGAUUAUUUUCUUUCUAUUAUCAUCAUUACUAUUGUGUUAAUUUUCCUAAGUUUAGCAGCCCAAGUGACAAACAAGAAACAAAGGUCGCUGAGGUGUUUGUACCACAAUAAUUGUGGUACAACAUUUAGUUGAGGAGGCGGCUCUGGUAAACUCUGUGAGCACAUUCCUCGAUCCCGCCGUGUCUUGUUGGCUGGUAACUGGCAUAGUGUAAGAUAUGAGGAUUGCCGAUACAGCAGAUGGAAGCUCAAGGGGCACAGAAAAUGAGCAUUUCGUGAAGCAGAAACGUGCUCUAGAGAUGCAGUAAAUGACUGUAUUCUAGGGCAUAGGUUUAGGGGGAGAGCUGUAGCAAGAACACCACCAAGCCAAGGACGAAGAAACAGGAAGGUGGGUGCGGCACACUGACCCCCUGGCCACACCUGUGACCAGAUGAUCUCAGCCGACGUACUUAGGUCACAAAGUCAUUUGCUUUGUAUCAUGUCAUCCACCGGCUGGCAUGCCAUCCUUGCAGAUAUGUACAUAUUGUUGUCAUUUCAAAUGCAAUAAAAUAGUUUCGGUCA